GCCGAGGUAGUCGCGUCAACUUGAAGCUACAAGAAAAUCUUAGGGCCCGGAAAUGUUUUCUAUAAAUACCCAACAACUUCCCUCGCAUUCGCAUUCCUACGGAAUUUCUCGUAGCAGAGAAAGAUCUCUCCCGAAAAUCGAUGGCCUUGCCGAAUCAGCAGCAAGUUGACUAUCCGAGCUUCAAGCUCGUGAUCGUCGGGGAUGGAGGAACAGGGAAGACAACCUUUGUUAAGAGGCAUCUUACAGGAGAGUUCGAAAAGAAGUAUGAACCUACAAUUGGUGUGGAAGUUCAUCCCCUGGACUUCUUCACAAACUGUGGGAAAAUCAGAUUCUAUUGCUGGGAUACUGCUGGUCAAGAGAAAUUUGGUGGCCUUAGAGAUGGAUACUAUAUCCAUGGCCAAUGUGCGAUCAUCAUGUUCGAUGUCACUGCCCGAUUAACAUACAAAAAUGUUCCUACGUGGCACCGUGAUCUCUGCCGGGUUUGUGAGAACAUCCCCAUUGUUCUAUGUGGCAACAAGGUUGACGUCAAGAACAGGCAGGUGAAAGCAAAGCAGGUUACUUUCCACAGAAAGAAGAAUCUCCAAUAUUAUGAGAUUUCUGCUAAGAGCAAUUACAAUUUCGAGAAGCCUUUCCUUUAUCUUGCUAGGAAGCUUGCAGGAGAUCCUAAUCUUCACUUUGUUGAGUCGCCUGCUCUUGCGCCUCCGGAAGUGCAUAUUGACAUGGCUGUACAACAACAGCAUGAGGCAGAGCUUGCUGCCGCCGCCGCCCAGCCACUGCCAGAUGAGGAUGAUGAUGCAUUUGAUUAGAGAGAGAGAACUAGGAUUACUAGUGGAGGUUCAUGGUUUUGCUCUCUUUUUUUUCCGCCCCAGAUAUCUUCCUUCUCACAAAUUUUCUGCCGUAUACUUGAGAUUUUCUUCGAACCAAAUCAUGUCAAGGUUAUUCUGUUAUGAUUUGAACCAUUUGGUCAAUUUGCUUGUAAACAUUGUGGAAUUUUAUUGGAGAAUAUGAGUUUGGUCUUAUGAUUAAAAA